ACAAUCGUUAGCUUACUGAAAACAUAUAGUUCAACAAAUGCGCAUGCGUACUUUAAAAUUCUGAUUCCAUUUUGGCAUCAAAUUACAUAUGUCAGGUGCUUGAGUUUAUGAAUGCAUUUAUAAUACACACUUGUAAUAUAUUGUUCACCUACCAGGCUCGCUUGUAACAACACUGUCCUUUAUAAAACAUUUCCAAUAUCAGAUGACAGUGGGAUAACACAAGAUAUAUCCUCAGUAUUUAUCAUUUAAGACAUUAUAAUAGAGAACAGAUACAUAAUACUGUUUCUAUAAACCUAUGAUAGAAUUCAGGUAAAAUAUUUGCUAUGGCCUGAGAUUAUUGCUAAAAUUUCCAUACAUAUCUGACAGGAGUCUUGAGAAGAUGCAUUUGCAUGCAAAUUAAACUUGGAUAAAUAUAUAUAUAUAUAUACAGUGAUUUGAGGAGAAAAAUAAUGGAGAGAUGUGAGAAACUCAAAGGAUUGAUUUUACCUGAAGACACGGUAAAAGAAACAAGUAAUUUGUCCUAUGGCUGUGAUAUCUGUGAAAAGUCAUUCUCUCUAAAAGGUAACUUGACUAAACACAAACGUAUUCAUACAGGAGAGAAGCCAUAUCAUUGUGAUAUCUGUGGUAAAUCAUUCUCUCAAAGUUAUAACUUAACUUGUCAUAAACGUAUUCACACAGGUGAAAAACCACAUCAUUGUGAUAUUUGUGGUAGAUCGUUCUCUGCAAGUAGUAACUUAACUUCUCACAAACGUAUUCAUACAGGGGAAAAGCCAUAUGAGUGUGGCAUCUGUGGUAUAUUAUUCUCUCAAAGUAGUGAUUUAACUAAACACCAACGUAUUCAUACAGGGGAGAAGCCAUAUCAUUGUGAUAUCUGUGGGAAAUCUUUCUCUGAAAAUCGUAAGUUAAAUAAACAUAUAUCUACUCAUGUACAAGGGUAACUUGGUACAUUUAGCCUUGCCAAUAACAAAUCCACUCAAUGUGUCUUCCAGUUUUUAAGCUGUUUGACAUUUGCAGAUGCCAACCCCUUUACUUACCUCUUACUGUAUGCCAGAAUAUGGUUUACUCUCAAAGUUUUUUUUAUGGAAAACAAAAAUGAAAACAUCUAUAACCACAAAUGUUUUUGCACAAGUAAGGAGUUGGAUAACAGCCUCCCAACACUAUAUUUUAUAUCACUACAAUCAUGUCUACAUUGGUGAGAUGACAUACCCCUGUAAUAUUUUUAAUAAAAGCAAUUUCUUCUGGGUUUUGAA